GGUACGCCACCAGACAUUCUCAUACUCUGACUGGCUCUGUGUUGGUGAUCAUCGCUGUGUGCGUCGUUGCAGCAGGGCGUGGCUGCCUUCUCAGCCGGCGUCUUCGGCUUUCGCUCACCGUCAAUGCCGAAAAGUCAGCACAGACCUGCGUUGCUGACCGCCGGAAGCCGCCUUCUUAGAUAGCAGCAAGGGCCGCACCAGAUUGGGAUAACACUACCCCACAGAGAUUACCCAGCUGCCUCUUCCAACCUUCUUGCUGUCCCAUAUACACCGACUCACCACCCAUCAUGGCCGCCGCUACCCGUAACCCCAUUGAUUGGUCCAAGAUCCACCCUGCCGAGCUGGAGCAGCGCUUCGCUCCCUUCGCCUCGCGGCGCUCCCAGGUCAUGUCCACUCGGGGCGUCUGCGCCUCUGCUCAGCCCCUCGCUUCGGCCGCAGGUGUAGAGAUCCUCAACAAGGGUGGCAAUGCUGCAGAUGCCGCCGUGGCCAUGGCUGCUGCUCUCAACGUCACCGAGCCCUGCUCGACGGGAAUUGGCGGAGACGCCUUCUGCCUGUACUACGAUGCCAAGACCAAGAAGGUCCGGGCCUUUAAUGGCUCUGGCCGCUCUCCCAAGGGAAUGACCCUCGAGAAGUUGCGCAAGGCAGGAGUGGAAGGUCCCUCGAUUCCCUUUCUCUCCAUCCACGCCGUGACUGUGCCCGGAGCACCAGCAUGCUGGGUGGAUACAGUGGAGAAGCUUGGGUCAGGCAAAGUCACAAUGGCGGAGAUCCUCGCCCCAGGUAUCCGACUCGCCGAGGGUGGCUAUCCUGUUCACGAGAUCGUGUCCCACGCCUGGACCCGCUCGGCAAACGUCAUCAGUGAGGCAUCUGACCAUGGGCAUCACAUGCUCCUGGACGGCAAGGGUCCUCAGCCGGGUGAGGUCAUGGAGAUGCCCUACCUGGGCAAGACUUUCCGAGAGCUAGCGACCAAGGGGAAAGACGGCUUCUACAAGGGUCGCAUUGCAGAGGCCAUUGUGGAGCUCGUGCAGAGCAAGGGAGGCUUUCUGACCCUGGAGGACCUCGCUGAACACGCUGAGCAAGGUACCGAAGAAGUAGAGCCUAUUUCGUACACUUACAACCACGGGGGAGACAAGGAGGGUGUGACACUCCACGAGUGUCCGCCCAACGGUCAAGGUCUCACGGCUCUGAUCGCCCUCGGCAUCAUUGAUGCGCUGCAAGAUUCGGGAGCUGUACCAGACCUCAAUACCCUGGAGCACAAUGGCGCCGAGUACCUGCAUGUGAUCAUUGAAGCUCUUCGAUUGGCCUUUGCAGACACAAUGUACUACGUCGCCGACCCUCAGCAUGGCAAUGUUCCUGUCAAGGAGCUACUCAGUAAGGAGUACCUCGCCAAGAGGGCCAAGCUCUUCGACCCCAAAAAGUCGUCGAAGAUCGAAAAGGGUUACCCGGUCAAUUCGAGCGAUACAGUGUACUUCUCUGUGACGGACGAGGACGGCAAUGCUUGCUCUUUCAUCAACUCCAACUACGCUGGAUUUGGAACUUGUGCCGUGCCUCGAGACUGUGGCUUCACCCUACAGAAUCGAGGAGCAGGCUUCGUUCUGCAAGAAGGUCAUCCCAACUGUGUUGCGCCAGGCAAGCGACCCUACCACACUAUCAUCCCCGCUCUUGUGACCAAGGGUGACGAGCUGGUGAUGAGCUACGGAGUAAUGGGAGGGUACAUGCAACCCCAAGGCCACGUCCAAGUCCUCCUCUCCAUCCUCCGAGGCUACAGUGCACAAAGUGCUCUCGAUGCUCCUCGUAUGUGCCUAGGCGCAGGUAUGCCAGACGAAGGAGCCAUCGACUCUUCCGUCUUUCUCGAGGAAGGCAUUUCUCCCUCUGUAGUUGAAACGUUACGCUCCAUGGGCCAUACGGUCGACUUGGUUACGGGACAUGCCAGGGGACAAUUUGGACGUGGACAGGUUAUUCAGCGCAUACAGAGAAAGGGAGGGAAGAGCGCUUGGGCUGCUGGGAGCGAUCCGAGGGCGGAUGGGGCGGCGAUUCCUCAGGUCUAGAACUCAAGGGCAAGGGGGAAGAGUUGCACUCCUGUACAUCUGGCGAAGAAAUUUGCAGGGUAUAUUAUUCGGAAAUCGU